AUGGUCUACGCGUUCACUCUCCCAACAACCUCCCCCCUCUCAUUCCAAACAUUCAUAUACUCCCCCACACAUCCUUCUCUCCCUCAAACCGCCUCAACAGCCCGCCAUGCCCUCCGUCUCGCCCUAAAAGCCCACAAACGUCUACCCCGCGGUCCGCGACAAGACGCCCACCUUCCAACCGUCCUCGCCGCUCUAAACGAAUACAUUCCAUAUCUAUUCGCAAUCUCGGCCGGUCUCUCCGGCCAAUCUUUCCAGCAUGACAGCCCGGGAUCUCUCGCGGGGCUAAAUACCGGCGAAAAGAUCGAAGUUUCGCUUCGCGCCGAGAUCGAGUCUGCAUGGAAACCCACGCUGUCCGCUGGUAGCGGAUUGAACCUCCACGCGCCGAUCACCACGCCAGGCGUGAAAUCCAUUCGACCGCGUGGCGGCCGCGUCGCCGGACAGGGAAUUGAUUUUGAAAUCGCAUUUACGCUUACGACGCUGGGUUACGUGCUCAGCCGACUUGCGCGCGCGGGGGUCUUAGAGUCGCUCUAUGCGCCUACGACACAAUCCCAGGAACAACGUACGGCUGUUGUUCAAAACGCCACCAGGAAUCUACUCCAGGCAAGCUCGGUGCAUGCACUGCUUGCCUCGUCGCCCGCGUUCGCGGCCGCGACCACGGCGACGGUUCCUGAUAUCGAUGCGAGUACGCAAGCGGCAUUGUCGGCGCUGGCGCUGUCCGAGGCGACGCUGCUGGCUGUCCUGAAGGAUGAUGCGUACGUGACGGCGUGCAUCCAGUCGCGGAAUCCGAAUGAUAGGGAGUGGAUGGUGCGGGCACCUGAGAUCCCGAAAGUUCGCGCAUUACUGUUUGCGAGGCUGUGUGUUCGUGCGGCAGAGUAUGCGGAACAAGCUGCUGCGGGGUUGAGUGCCGUUGAAUCUGGGGCUGGAAGGAUCGGAAGGGUCGAUGAAGAAGUUACUCGGUACGCUGGGGUUUUGGGGCGUGUGGCUCGAGCUCGAGCCUGCCGGUUUUUCGGUAUCGAUGCCGAGUUGGCUGGGAAGGUUGGUGAGGGUAUUGCGUGGUUGCGGGCGGCCCGGACGCCGUUGGGUUUGCGUGGUGGUGUCGGAUCGUCUUCUUCGGGCCGGGAAGAAGGUAGUGGGACAUCGGGCAAGGGUGGAUUCUCGAGGUUGAAGCGUGAGUGGGCCGAGCGAAGAGAAGAAAAGAAAAUUGGUAAGGAUGCCGGUGCAGGGCGUGGGGAUAAAGGUGUCCUGGACUCGGGCGAUGACGCUGGUCGUGAUGAGGAGGGUCGAGUGAUUGCGAUGUUGGAGACGAAAUGGAUGAAGAUGAAUGAUACAAUCAACACGCAAGCAAUUCCCCCGUCUGCUCCAUUACUGGCCAAUCUUCCGUCCGGUCGAGAUAUUCACACGCCGCCUGGUCCGUACAAGCCGGCCUCCUUGGAUGAGGAACAGCUGGUUCGUAUGCGGGCUUUACCUGAUGAGAGUAUGAAUAUGCGCUUUGGAAGUGAUCCGGAUGACAGUGAGGAGGAACCUCUUUCAGCUGGAGGCCCGACGGCUCCAGGUGGUUUCCCUGAUCGAAGCCAGACUGCUUCAAAUGUGUACUAUUGA